GUUUGUCAGUUUUGAGCGCUGAGCUCUCAGUUUGUUUUUAGCUCUUGACUCACAAAGACGUCGGAUUUUUUUUCGCCCUUUUUCGUAUGUUUCGCGUAAAGCUCUCAUCGAAGUAGAAAAAAAAGUCAAAUCUCACAUUUUUUUAUAUUUCUUUCCUUCAUUUCUCUACAUAUACACUAUAUAUCUUUUCUUUAAAAACGCUCGUCUAAGUUGCAGUGUGUCUAUGAUUAACGACAAAAUGAUUGCAACUGUGCAAUUUUUUGUUGGUGAAGUGAAUGUGCCAACGGCUAGAUAAGCAUAGUAGAAAACUUUAAUUAAAAUCUGGUAUGGGUAUAGAAAUAAAAUAAAAAUAAAAGUGAGGAAAGAUAGAAGAGCAAUAUAAAAAAGAAAAAUGAAAGUUCAAAAGCAUGGCAAUGUGCACUAUAAAAAAUGCUACAAAAUAAUAUAUUAAAUGAAAAUUAUAAACGCAAUAGUGAUUAGAAUUUGCUAAAGAAAGUUGAAUAGAAAAGGAAAAGUUUUUCUUCUCUAAUGAUGAUCAAAAUGGAAAUGAUAAUGUUAAACUAUCAAUAAAAUGUAAAAUGCUAUUCAGUAGCUAAACAAGAUUGAGAUUGAAUUGAACGAGAUAGUUAUAAGAACGUAAUUGUAUUAAUCUGUGAGACAUAUUGUCAUUACGCAGUGAAUAUGAAUGCAUAAUUGUCUUAAUUCAGUGAUAUAUCGUGAAACUUAUUCGGCCUACACUUGUGGAAUCAUUCACAUUGGCGAGAAUGAACUUUUGGGGGCCUAAUGUUGUGAACAGUAUUGAGCUACAGAAAUUUGCACUUGAAAUAAAUCCUACAUUAUUACAUUCGCAAAUAGUCAAGACAUAAUACACAAAAAAAAUGAGUACAAAUUAAGCGUUGAAACAACGAAGUUAAUAAUUUAUUAAUCGCACAAAAAUAAAGAAUUGAAAUUGUAUUUCGGUGAAGGCAAAAAGAGUUUUUAAAAGAGCCAUAUUUUAUGGUGUGAAUUAUUGUUGAUGAAAACCUCUCAAAACGAGAGAUGAUGAUAAAGUAAAAACCGAAAGAAAGAAAGAAGAAAAUUAUGAAUUGUGUGCCUUAAAGAGGAUAAUAUAAUUAAAGUGAAUUAAACUUAAUAUUUAUCAUAUAUGAACUCAUUUAAUAUAAAUAAUAAGACGAGAAUAAAUUGAGACAAAUGCUAUACAUUUUACCGCCUCCAACUAAUCCCUCACCACCGUCCGUUUGGGAUUUAAUAAUUAACUUUCAUCAGAAAGGAUGUCAGCAGACGGUAACAGAGACUUCAUCAAAAUCUAUAAGAUUUGACAAAGGUCAUAAUGGAAUUAAGAGGAUUCGUCAUCAAAGUUGGUGUAAAUCAUCGGAAUCUUCGUCAACGUAUCAAUCUCAUGAUUCUGGUGGUGUUCGAGAAUCAGAAGAGAAUCAGAGAAUAUGUAAAAGCUUAAACGAGUGUUACUUCGCUGGUAAAGGAACGGCAUUAAUGUUAGGUUCAAAUGAGCGUCUACAGCGACAGACAUUCAGCGAUGGUCGUCGACUUAGUCAGAUAUCGAUUGAAUUAUCUGCGAGUCAAACAUCAAUCGGUAGCGUUGGCAGUGAUAUACAGCAGCAUUUACAAUCAAUGUUCUAUUUAUUGCGGCCCGAGGAAACGCUAAAAAUGGCUGUAAAGUUGGAAUCAUUGCGCGCUGGUCGCACCCGUUAUUUAGUGGUAGUUUCACGUCCUGCCUCGAAAAAAGCACAAAUAACAUCACCUACAAAUGCUAUUGUGGAAAAUAAUGACCGUAAAACUAACGAUAGUAAUAGUAAUAAUCAACUGCCGUCAUUGAUGAGUGAUGUAGUUAUAUCACAUACAAAUGCAAAUGCGAAUGAGAAUGAUGAUAAUAAUAGAUGCAGUAGCAGCAGUAUUUUAACAACUAGUUAUCAAAUUCAAUCGAAUAAUAGCAGCAGCAGUGUUUUGUCGCAAACUAGUGCUAAUAUGACAAAUGCAAAUGCAGAAACAUCAUGUGAUAUUGAUCCUCAAAAAAAUUCUAACAGUAAUAAUAAUUAUAAUAAUAAUUUUACACAAUGCUCCAAUAUACAAGAUGAUAUACAACAAUGUGAUAAUGAAUCGACAAUUGGAAGCAGUUGUAGUAGUAAAAGCUCAUCAAAUGAAAUAGAAGAAUCAUGUUUGUUGGGCAUUGACUGUAAUGAGAAGACGACAGUUGGAUUAGUGCUAAAAGUUCUUGCAGAUACCGCUAUAAGACUUGACGGUGAUGGCGGCUUCAGUGUAAGUGUUUGCGGUCGUCAGCACAUCUUUAAGCCAGUUUCUGUUCAGGCCAUGUGGUCUGCGCUUCAAACGCUUUACAAGAUCUCAUCAAAAGCACAUGAGCACAAUUUUUUCUCCGGUGGUCAAUCACAUGAUUGGGUUCAGUAUUAUGAGAAUCGAAUAGAAUCAGAAAGAUCGUGUCUAAAUGAGUGGCACACAAUGGAUUCUAUCGAAAGUCGGCGACCACCGUCACCAGAUACAAUAAGAAAUAAACCAACAGAGCGUGAUGAAACAGAGCGCGUUAUACGAACAGCUUUAAAGGAAAUCAUGAUGUCAGUUGAUCUCGAUGAAGUCACAUCAAAAUACAUUCGUGGUCGUUUAGAGGAACAUUUAGAUAUGGAUUUAGGAGAAUUUAAGUCAUUUAUAGAUGAGGAGAUGCUUGUGAUAUUAGGUCAAAUGGAUUCACCGACGGAAAUAUUUGAGCAUGUCUAUCUCGGUUCAGAGUGGAAUGCUAGCAAUUUAGAGGAACUACAGAGGAAUGGCGUCGGUCACAUUCUCAAUGUUACGAGAGAAAUUGACAAUUUCUUUCCUGGAAUGUUUGAUUACUGUAAUGUGCGCGUCUACGAUGACGAAAAGACGGAUUUGCUUAAGCAUUGGGACAAUACAUUCAAGUACAUAAAUCGCGCCAAAAUGGAAGGCUCCAAAGUUCUCGUACAUUGUAAAAUGGGAAUUAGUCGAUCGGCAUCUGUUGUAGUAGCAUAUGCAAUGAAAGCAUACAAUUGGGAUUUUUCACAAGCCAUUCAGCAUGUUAAAGAGAAAAGAAACUGCAUAAAGCCAAACAAAAACUUUUUAGCACAAUUAGAGACGUAUCAAGGGAUACUAGAUGCGAUGAAGAAUAAAGAGAAAUUACAGCGUAGUAAAAGUGAAACAAAUUUGAAGUCAGAUAAUGCAAAGGAUGGAAAAAGUUUGCCAGGCAGUGAACCAACGCCACUGAUUCAAGCCUUACAGCACAAUAAAAAUUCAACGUAUCCAUCAAGUAAGAAGGAAGCGAAUUAUCUUAAACGAAUUCAUCAACGACCGAGUAGUUCACCUGAUAUAUCAAAAUCUGCAAGUGAAACAUUAUCGAUAGCAAAGCCUUUAUCGAUAUCAUUAGAGACACUCGUGACAGUUGAUGUUCAGGAACAACAGACUUGCGUCUCAGAAACAACAAACUUAAGAUGGCCAUCAAAAAAUGGUCAUUAUUCUGUAUCACAAAAUCAAAUAAUUUAUUUAGAGAAUGAAUCUGCAAAUAAUUCAUUGAUCGCAGGUUCACAGGAAGAUACAACAAUAAUAGAAAUGAAUAAAACUGUGCCAUUAGUGAGAAGCAUUAUUUCCGAGCUCGAACAGCAUCAUGAAAAAAUGAAACGAAAGGAAGAGGAUUUACAGGAUCGAGAAACAUCACAAAAAAAGGAACCAGACAUUGAGGAGGAGAUAAAACCAGAGCAACCACAGGUAUACACAUGUUCAGCUGAAAUUAUACGUCAAGAUUCAUUUGAAACUGAUAAUAAAAUAGCUACAACUACAUUAAAAACAUCACCAACAGCCAUAAAACGAUCUCCGAGUACGAAGAAGGAAAACGAUACAUUUAGUAAGCAAGUCGAUCGAGUUUUUGAUCGUGAAGAGAAGCGUCAAAGUCGAUUGGAACCGACCACAUUGCCACAAAAGGACGGAACGAAUUUUGUUUCUCGUCAGAGUUCUUGGAGCAGUGUCGAUUCUGCAUGUAUAAUUGGAGAUUUGCCUUCAAGAAAUUCAUCGUGGGGUUCGGGUGAUAAUAAUCGUCCAUCAAGAAACUCUUCAUGGGGAUCAUACGACACCGCAAAAUUAGUACAGCCUGUAACUGAGGACGUUAUAAUGAUUGGUGGAAAUUUUUCAUAUGGAAAAGAUGAUAUUCCUUGGUAUCCAGGGACAGUAAAGAGGACAAAACAAAAGAUUGAAGAAAAACAAAGUGCACCCAUAACAAGAUCAUCAUCAUCAGGCUCAUCAUCUAAUGAUGCCAAAAACAACAAUAAUAAUUUUAAUGAUAGUAAUAACAAAAUAUUAUGUGAUAUUAAAAAAUCAUUACUAAUUGAUAAUUUAUCAAAUCGCACGAAUAAUAAAGGACCAUCAUUAUCAACAUCGCCUCAACAACCGCAUAAGUUUGCAAAAUUGCAACAAUCAUCGUCGGUAUCGUCAGCUGCUAUAAGCAGUAGUAAAGCACAUACGAGAUGUAAGAGUGAGGAAUACUUAACUGCUCAACGAGCCAUCUUAUCAGCUGUUCAUCGAAAUAAUGAUAGAAAUAAUAAUCGUAAUAGUCAGCCAUUAUCAGCAUCAGCACCUGAAACAUUUUGUCUAAAUUUCAUUAAAAAUAACCGAAAUAUUGAGAAUGAGAUAUCAACAACAUCGCUCAAAUUACAACAGAGACGACACAAUUUGAAGAAAUCGGCAACGGAAUCGUGUACAGACGAGCAGCAUGUCGGUGAUAAGAAGAACAAAAAAGAGAAUCAACAAAUAGGAAAAGUGAAAAACUUGAAAAUGAAUUUUGAAGCAAAAGCGAACAAUAGUAGCACCAAUAAUAAUAAUAAUAAUAAUAAUGUUAAUACAGUCACAUAUCGUGAGAACAAGAAGAACAGUCAUUCAUUACCAUCAUCGCCAAUUGCCAUUCACAUUGAUGUUUCAUCUACGGGCAGUGGCUUUCCAAGCUCAAAUCUUAGCGAUAUUAGUUCCGAAGAUAUUAAUGUACGCGGAUUAGUUGAUCGAUAUGAGAUUGGUAAGAUAAAAACGUUUGUAACGCAAACAUCAAAUAUCCGACAACGUCCAAAAUCAUUAUACGAUCCACGGUUUCAGUUGAAAACGUCACAGGAUAAGAAAGCUGCAUUAAUGAUCUCACAUCAAACAAAGGGCGAUGAUUUGAAGCAACGUCCACCAAUUCCAAUACAACCAAUCGUAAAGAAUGCAUUGAUGACAAGUAAUUUGAAUAAUAUGUGCACCACAAAUAAGUCCGUUGGAAAUUGUCGUCGAAUGCAGCAAGGCAAAACUCAUCCAUUAUCGAAACUUGGCAUAAAUAAGCAAAGAAUUAAUACAAGUCAAGCUACUGCCUAUAAUACAAUGUAAAGUUUUUCUAUAUCUCUCUCUAUAUCUCAUCAAAUGAAUCCAUUGUUUUGUCUCUCUAACAAUAAUAUUUUUUGGAUACCGUUUAUAACCAACCAACCAACCAAACCUUAUGUCCAUUUACAACCAAAAAGUUUAUUUCGUGCAUAUGCGCGGAAGUUCCAAAAAAAAGUUUAUAACUAUAAAGUGAGAUAAAUAAUACCAUCCAAAUUGUUUUUUGAUACACAAAAAAGUUUUGAGAUAAAAAUAUAGCCAGUGCUUUAGAAUUUUUCUGUUUCAUAAAAAAUCAUUAAAAUGUCUACAUAAAUCUAUGAUUUUUUGUGAUUAUUUUAGAAUGUAAUUGUCCAUGACAAGGAUUGAGAAUGAUGAAAAUUGUAAAUGAUUUUUUUUUUAUAAAAUAUUGGAUCAAAAUUGACUUAAAAGAAAUGAAAAAUUUGAUGAAUUUAAUUAAAUUUUUUGUUGUUUUUUUUACUUCUACUUAAUAUCGGGAGACUGUUUUGUGUCAUUUUUUAAUGAUUUUUUAAAUAAAUAAAUAGCAUGAAAAAAAUUAUGAAUAUGCAAAAAGAAAUAUAAGGAAGAGCUCGAAAAGAAACUGAGAGACAAAAUAUUUAUUAAAAUUACAACUGACUUUUAUUAUAAAAAAGAACAUACAAAUGAGAAUUGAGAUGAUGAGAAUGACAGUAGAUCUUUCAUUUUUACUGCAAACAUUUCAGUGAAAUGGCUUUAUUAUUUUGCUUGGAAAUCUUUUAUUUCGAGCUUGUGAAGUGAUUCCUUUUUUGAACAAAAUUGAAUGUUUGAGAACCGUAUAAAUGUUAAAACUUAUAGAAAAGCUGUUGCAUGGUCUUAAAAGUCAAAUUAACAUUUAAACGGUGAAUUUGUUUGAGCCCAAAACCCUACAAUUCUACACAAAUCUGUUGAAUUGUUUUGAAAUUUUCAAAUUCACAAAAUCCUAUUAAAAUGUUUUUUUAAAACUUAAUCACUUUAAGUUUGCAAAAAACACAAUAACUUACCAUAUUGAAGAUUUGUAAACACAAAACUCAAUUAACCAUGAUUCUUCACAAAUUUGCUAAUAGCUUAAAUGAUUUUUGAGUACCCUGCCAUAAAUUAAUUAACAAAUCUACAGCAUUUUCAUCAUCAGAUUUAUUUCGCAACAAGACGAAGGAAAAUAUAAUUAGCACAUCCGUAAAAGAUCCAAGAAAUUCCUAUUAACUAGUCUUAUCAUAAAUUUACGUUUUUUUUUAUGAUUAUUGACGAGCCUUAAAGUGAAAUAAUAAAGAAAUAAAUCUUGUUUCUUCAAAUUUUUUAUAAACCUAAACAAAAUAAAAAGUAUGACUAUAUAUUAUAUACAAUUCAUGCAAUUGAAUCUUUUUCAUACAUAUAUAUUUGCGACUUGAUCUAGCGCUUUAUUUGUUAACAAAUGAAAUGGAUUUUUUGAGGAUUGUUUUUUCAUGUUUGAAAAUGUGAGAAAUGAGAAAUGAUUCUUUGCGAAUGAGUUAUUAUUAUUUUCUGUACAAAGUUUAUUGUCCUUUUAAGCCAUGUCGCUUUUCCUUUCUGAAAGAAUGAAUAAAAAAAAAUCGAAUGAUGCUAAAGCU